CACCACCACUCAACCACCACUCAACCACUCAACCACCACCCAACCACCAAAUAUAAGUCGUCGUGCUGGCCCUCUCUCCCUCCGUCGGCUUGCCUGCUCCUGCCUAUCCCACCACCCCAGACCUCGACCCCCCACAGUCCAUCUUCCAGAGCUGCGCUCUCUGCCAUCUCGCUGCUCUUGCUCUUCGUCGACACUCCUUCCCCAGAUCACUCCCCCUGCGACUACUCUUUUGGCCCGAGUCCCCUGGGUCCGCUCCCGAUCUGUCCGCCUGUGCCGCCCGGCCUCCCGCCACCAUGCACCCCAAGCUCGGCUCACCCGUCGAUACCGCUGCGAGCAAGUCCUUUUGGCUCCCUGCCGCAUCCGGCUCGCUCCCACGGCUCCCCAGCACCACCAACCACAAGCCCACUCUCUCCAAGCGGCGAUCUCUCGAUGGCCACCCGGCCAAGCGCAGGAGCUGGAUCGGCUUCCUGAUUCCACGGCUGCCAAAGACCAAGACCCUCUCCCGCUCCAGCAGGCUCAGCCUCAUCAUUCCAAAGUCCGACCAGUUGGCGCCAACCUCUCCCAUCGCAUCGCCUGUGGGAUCGCCUGUGGGAUCACCGACAUCGGUCUCGACUGCGACGAUCUCCUCGAUCACCUCCGCCUCCACCUCCACCAUCUCUCCAACUGCCUCCCUGCCCUCGUCCAUGUCGCGGCCUUCCUCGACCUUGCCCAGCGCCACCACUUGCAUCCCGGACACCCCGGCCCCGCCCGUGCUGUCUGAUCGGCCUGUGUCGGCACAGACCCAAGGGUCGGCAGCCUCGAUCCAGCGUGCCGAGCCGACUGUAGAAUUCAAGUCGUCUCGCCCAAAGAUAUCGUACCGCCAUCCGCAGGAGCUGCUGGACCUUAUCGGUCAACCAAAGUCCACCCGCCGGCACAAUCAGGUUCUGGUCUCACGGGAUUCUUGCGGAUCGUGCUCGUCGUGCAGCGCAUGCUCAUCAAACAGCGCGACGCUGUGCUCCUCGCCACCGUACGGUCAUCCCGAGGAAUCUGCCCGGGACAUCAUUGACAUGUACGCACGCAUCGAUCCACAAGCCGACGGCGAGGUCGAACCAACCUCUGCGCUCGAGUCUGCGGGCUCGGCUGGCUCUGCUGGUCAGGGGCUGCCGAGCGGCUCUGGCCCGGUGCUGCCCCUCAGAACCAUCCAUGCCUCGAGCAGCCUUCGAAGUCUCAAGACCUUCCAGCCCAAGCCGCUGGCGCUGGCAUUUGAAGAUGCGCGCGAGCAGCCCUCGAUAUCGUAUUUCCCCGGACAUCACGCCAAGGCUUCCUCGGUCGACUUUCGCCGCUCGUAUACCCAAGCUCCUGUUGCCCAGCCCCCUCGAGCCCAGAGUGCCCUGGAUCUCUACGAAUCGCUCGACACCGAGCCGCAAACCCCAACCCCGUCCACCCCAACGGCGUCCCCUGCCCUCGAGCCAAAGCUGCCUAAUGCGCUCUCGCAGCUCUUCCGCUACCCGUCCGCCAUCCAGUUCAAGGCGUGCAACUGGCGCAGGCGAGCCUCGAGCCUCUUCCGUGACGUUGACAGCGAGCCCCAGAGCCCGGUGACCCUGCGCUCGCCCUCCGCCCAGUCCGACAGCACUCUGUGCAACUCGCUGCAGCCACAGCCCUCGGCCCCCAGCCCAGUCUUGCCCCCAAGCUUCCCCGAUGCACCCGAAGGCAUGCGGAUAUCGAGCACGAUCGAGUGCAUGCCCAACGGUGUCUGGCGCAUCACACAGUACGACCAUGUACUCAAGUCGAACGCCGUGUUUUACUACCAAGCUGCCUGAGGAUGCAGCAUGGAUACCCCCAUGACAUUGUCUUCCUGGCGCACACUUCCAGGCGGCCCUCGAGAUAUCCCCAGACACAGCUCGAGCGAUGGCCCCGCAUUCAACCCUAUAACCCCCCCCUCUAUCUCGCUUGCUCUUUUGUUUUGCAUAUUGUUCUUCCACAUCGCAUCGCGUUCAUCGCGCACACUUCCCACGUUUCCAACACAACCAUAUGUACAUGCUUGUCAUCCCAAUA